CCUUCCAAAAAUAAAUUUAUCUGAACCUCAAUACGAAUAUUGAACACUUAAAAUGAAUAUCAAAGAUAACUCGAUGCACUAAAACUUUCACUAUGUACGGAAUUCUAAAAAGGAUCGAAUCACUAGAGUGUAUUGUAUGCAAUCUUAUCUUACAUUUUAUGCAAGAGGCUAUUUUCAUAGUUUGAAACCUUUGACCUUCAGAUUACAUGACGACAACUUUACGAUUACUCCAAGGCCUCUGAACUCAGAUUACAUGACGACAACUUUACGAUUACACCAAGCUCUGAACUCUCAUAAUCCUUGGUCUUUCCCAUACACAGACAUAUCUUAAAUAGGCCAAAACAGACUGCUCACAGACACAUAUACUGCAGAGAAAAAAGAAUACUAGAAAACAAGCUCUCCACUGUGUGUGUAUGUGUGAGAGAAAAAGAAAACAAUGGGGUUUACAGCAAUGGGAUUUUUCUUCAUAUUUUUCCCAGAAGAAGAAUCCAACACUAUCACCACCAAAAAAACAAGCAAAAAAACCAACAUUUCUUCAUUAAAAUCCAUUAACAAUAUCCUUAAUCCCUCAAAUUCCACACAUCUUUUCCCUAAAGCACAAUUCAUAAUCUCAAUUUGUGUUCUUCUCAUCUUUACUACUUUCCUCUUCUUCACAAUCUCCACUUUUGAACCAUCUUCAACAACAGCACUUGUCGGAAAUUCUCAUAGCUCGAGUCAUGUUAAAGACACUGUAGGUGCAUCCCUGAGGAUUCGACAGCAUGCAUUACAAGGAAUGGGAACUUUGUACAGAAAAGGAACAAGGUCAAUGAGUGAUUUAGUUGUAGCUCAUGUAGUUGAAUCUGUAACUGUACAAGAACUGAAGUUGUUCACGAGACUCUUUUACAGGUCUAAAAUGGCCUCAAAAUGCGACAUUGUGUUUGUGUUCCAGUCUGAGUCGAGUCUUUUUGAUAAUGUCAUUGUGGAAGAGAAUGCAUCGUUCUUGAAAAUCAUACAUGGGUAUAGCGAGCGCUUCUUGAAUAUUUCCAGCAAGGAAACGAACAGCAAGAGUACAAAUAACAACACACCUCAGUCAACUAAUUUCGAUGUGUCCCCAUUCUUGAUUACCAACAAGAAUGCCAAUGCAAGUGAAGAACCUGAACCCAUCUGGGGUAGGAAAAAACCGGUCAAUUUCAGCGUAAACGAUAGUACUGAGUCAUCAACUCCAUUGAGUUAUGGCUCAGUAGUCGGAUUCUACGCUGAUGAACUUGCCCCGGAAGGUACAUUACCCGGGUUUAUGGAUCAUGUUCCAAUGAGUUUACGAAGAUGGGCUUGUUAUCCACUGUUAUUAGGUCGAAUACGAAGAAACUUCAAGCACACUGUUCUAGUAGACGUGAAGGAAAUGCUACUGCUCGAUGAUCCAUUGAGUCGAGUAGCCAAGAAUCUGACUCAUGACUCGGUCGUUGUUAACUUAACAAAAACUCGUUCGACUCAAAAAAGAAAGGCAAGUCCAUCAAUCAUCAUGGGUGGCUCAAGAGGAAUACGAAGAUUAUCGAACGCAAUGCUGAUUGAAAUCAUUCGUGGAUCAUCGACGCAACCCAACAAGAAGAAAAAGAAGAAGAUGAACUUGGUUACUGAGUUAACUCUGUUCAAUCAACUCGUUCGAAAUGAGUUUAUAUUGAAGAAUGUCGAUGUAAUUUUCACUGAGUUGGCAUCUCAAGAAGCAAAAGAUUCGUCAAAAUCAGGUUCUUUAAUUUAAUGAUUAGACGUGGAGAUAGUAAUGUAGAUAUUAAUUCAAUUUUUAGAGAGUAUUUAUGUUCAUUCCCUUUGGAAUCUAUAGCUUACAGUGAUUGUUAAUUAGUAGCUAAAUUAAUUAGGAAAAAGGGUAAGUUAUAUGAUUAUACUAGAGAAAAUGCUCUAUUUUCACUUGAACCCGAAAAGGCUGAGACACAACUUUAGGAGGUCCUACUAAUUAAAACCGUAUUUUUAACAACUUUAGUGCCUACGUGGCACUUACGUGGCCGCGAGUGGCGCACAAAGUUGUCAAAAAUAUGAUUUUAAUUAGUCCAGGGUAAUAUGACUCUCUAAAAUUCGGGUGUGUCUCAGCCUUUUCGCGUAUAGUUUAAGAUAGAAAUAAAACAUUUCCCAUAUAGUUUAAUUUUUUGUUUAGACAUUUUAUAGUAAUUUGUAAUAUUUGUUGAUAAUUAUAGGUUCAUUAAGACGAUGAAGCAUGUGGUUUAGUUGGAUGAAAAAUAAAGAAUCUUACAUUACAAUAGUUUUUUGAUUCCGCCGUUGAUUCAGCUAAUGUCAUUCUUUUAAGGUGACAGCCAAUAAGUUUGGUGUGUCAAUUUAUGAUUUGUCAAUAGCAAUGAUUAGUAGCAAAGUCAAACA